AUGAGCGACCACGAAAGUGACAACUACGAUAGCGAGCCAGAUAUUUUUGAAAUUAUUGUCAGCGACUCUGAGGACGAUCUGGAUAUGGAGGAUCUUUUCAGUGCACCAGCAACAGGGACUCAGAACACCACUAUGGAUGAGGAGUGCCAAGUCGAGGAAGGGGUUUCGAGAAGACGAACUGUUGAAGGACACCAUGUUAGUGAAGACAAUGAGGACUACUUGCAGAGAACCUAUGGUGUCAAGAGCACGCAGUACUGUUUUCGGCUUGGGAAGAAGCACAUUUACUGUCGRAACUUUAUUAUUGAAGAGCGGUCAAGUGGCAAUGUUGUCAUCAACCCGACCGCGAGGUUUUACAAGCGGGCGUCGAGGAAAGUGAAGCWGGAUCUUGAGAGUGUUCCGGUUCACCAGUUUACGCCGGACGAGAAGGAGAUUCGGGUUGACGAUGCAGAUCUCUACGAGAUGGUUGAGUCAAAGGAGGAGACUGUUCGGGGCAUGCACUGUGUUAGUACUCAGGCGUGUGUUGGUAUCAAGAAACAUGUCAAGUUGUACAUGCCGCGGGAAGUUGUUGAAGGGUCGAAUUUCGACAUGAAGGUUCGUGACGAAGGRUAUGCCCAGGUUACRAGAUCUACUGCAGUUUUGGACCAGUUUUUCAGUGUCUAUGAGUUUGACGACAAGAUGAGCGAGCCAGACAGCACUGCAGGGUACAUUGAUGCUGGCCGCAAGAUAUACAAGGCGGUUUACGAUGAUGUUAUUGCGCAGCACGAUCUUGCGAAUUUUCUUGGUAGUAGUCUCACGUAUCAUUUUCGGAACGAGCGGUUUGUCAGGGUUUUAGCGCCAGAGACGGUCAAGCAGUAUGGCACGUGUUUUGGGAGGAUGCUAUCGUUGAUUAUGGCGAGCAAGGAUUUUGAUUUGUGCGAGAGAGUUGACACCAGCAUUGCGAAUGAGCUCAGCGGUGCGGCGUGGGAGCAGAUGAUCAACCCGUUGUUGGAAUGGAUUGUUUCGCAGACGRCGGACUCGGACACGUUGUGCACGAUGUUGGUUAGGCCGUAUUUGUAUAACUUCAAGACGAAGGCAUGGCAGUCUGUUGCGUGGUGCUUAAAGUACAUUGAUGCAUUGAAGCUGAUGUUUAAGAUGGCGAUGUUCUUGAAGAGCCGGGAUGAGUUUUCUAGUUUUUGCUCGCAGCCGCAAGAGUAUGGGUGCUACUUUUACCUUCAGACGAUAUACGCGCGGUUGGUACAGCAACGGAGGGAGGUUGUUGAGAUGGAGGUGUCGGGGAUUGACAAGCGCACGGUGUUUGUUCGCGAGAUCAAGGUGACGACGGACUACAUCAGCAAGUUGUAUCACGAUGGGGUCAAGUUGUAUAUGCUGGAGUAUGGCAGUUUGUGCCGAGUUAUGGGGCUUGAGUCUAGUAUUGACAGGCCGUAUAAUGAUUUUGUUGCGCAUGCCAAGUUUGAUCACCAGUCGUACGGGUUGACGAUGAAUAUGGAGAACAAUGCGUACUUGAAGUAUGAUGUGGCGAGACACGCGAGCCAGAAGCACGCGAUUGUCGAUUUGAUAGACAGCAUGACGCGGAUAUUGUAUGUUUUGAUUUUUACGGCGUCGGCAAACACGUUUAGGGCUACUGAGUUGAGUGAGGUUAAUGUUGCUGCGAACGAGGUUUUGAACCGGAACUUGAUAUACCGGCACGGGGCGGUCGAGAUAGUAACGAGCUACGGUAAGAACAGGAAAUUCACCGCGAGGGAGCGGUUCUACCCGCUUCAGUUGCAGAAGCUUAUAGUUAAUCACUCGUUGUCUAUGAAGCCGCUCUUGCUCAGGGCGAUGACGGGGAUUGGGGAGAUGGAUGCUAUACAUGUUAAUUUUCACCGGUACCAGUUGUUUGCGUUGUCGAGCAACAAGCUCGUUGAGCGUGGGCACUACUACAGCACGUGCCGUACGAUUAUGAAAGAUUUUGGUGGCGACAUUGUUCGGAUUCGAGAGAUGCGGCAGGCGGUGUCGUACUUUAUCAAGAACGCAGUGGUGGUUGACAGUAAGCUUGAUGCGCUUGAGAUGGCGGUUGAGCGAGCACAGGGGCACACGAUGCAGACAUCGGACGAGUCGUAUGCGAUCGAGAAUAGUUGGAGCUGUCAUUUCUCAAGUAGCAACUCGCAGAGGAUGUUGAAAUUUUUCACCGAGUAUCACAGGUUUAUGAGGUUUGACCYGAUCUACAGCGAGGUCGAGUACGAGAAGGAGGAGGUUGCAAGUAACAGCAGCAACUGGCGUGUAUUGACUACGGAAUMUAUAAGCCAGGCGAAGGAGAUUUGUGGGUAUCUGUUUCGAGACUUGGACCAGGAGACAGCUAUCACUGAUGUUGCGUUCACGCCGACGCGGUCGAGGGCGAUUCUUGCGCACACGGGGUUUGGCAAGACGUUUGUGUUUUUGGUGCCGAUGAUUGCGUAUAAGAUUGGGGGAGGUGGCGAGCACUUUGUGCACUUGGUGUUGAUGCCGUACCGGUUUUUGGCGGAGCAGAUGAAGACGAGGUURCGGCGGUACUUGCAUGUGAUUGACGCGUACGAGCACCGGCUGUUUAGCGAUGGGGUUGAUGUUAUAGUUGGAGUUUUUGACUGUUUGAGGAACCGGGAGUUUGUGAAUUUCAUUCUUAAUUUUCAGAAUCUACCCUGUGGGCGAAACAGUCGUCUUGGGAUGGUGGUUAUUGAUGAAGCGCAGGUGUUGAAUGAGGAAUACAAGUUUCGSAAUUUCAGCAAUCUCAGAUAUGAGUGUCUCAAGGUUUUCUUUAAGGUUGUGUGUUUGGGGGCUACGCUUGGCCGGGAUUUCUGUCGCAUGAACAGUCGCACAUUACUUCUGCCGGUGAUGAUGAAUUGCGUGCGUGAGUUGCCUAAUUGCAAUGUGUAUAUGGACCAGAGGGUUGGUGAUAGUAGAGAGUUGAUGUAUGUGAAGUUGAAGCAGUAUGUGAAGAAUUUUGUAAACUAUUACCCGGACGAUUUGGUGUUGGUGUACUAUGACUGGAAGGAGACGCUUUAUGCGCACGAAGCUGAGUUGCGGCGGAGUUAUGGAGAUGGUGUUGUGACUGUUACUGCAGAUAUUGAGGAUAUGGAAGGUGUGCAAGACGUUGUUCGGACAGCAAAAGUUGUUUUAGCGACGAAAAGUUUUAGUUGUGGGAUUGACUUGCCGAAUAUACGGGCGAUUGUUUUUUUUUGA